AUGGAUCUUGAUCCAAUGAUAUCGAGUACACAAGAAGAUUAUUCGUAUUCUGAUUAUGAUAAUCGUCCUAUUCGACCAAUGAAUCAAGAAGCACUUAAUGAAACACUUGCAAGAUUACCUAUUCUUAUUGAUGAAGAAGAUUAUAAUAAUCGAACAAAUGGAAGUUCAGAAUCGAAUACAAGUAUAAAAACUCGACUGAUAAAUCGUCGACAACCAGCCCUUGCAUAUUCAACAAGACGAAAAAUUCUUCCAACAACAGCUUCUAAUGUUAAUAAUCCUAGUAUUAAUCAAUCAAUAUUACAUAUUAAUACAACAAUUGGAACACCGAAAAGUAAUAAAAGAAAAUUAGGUGGUUGUACACCAGCAAUUACACCAUCAGCAAAUAAAGUUAUUAAACAACUUGAUUGUCGACAAGAAUUAAUCCAAUUAAAAGAAGAAAAUAAACUUUUAGAAGAAGCUAAAACAAAUUUACAACUUGAAUGUGUUCUUUUAAAAAAUUCCCAUGAAACAGAACUGGAAAAUGUCAAACAAGAUUAUCAACAAAUUAUUGAUGCACUUGUUCAAGAACAUAAAUUACAAAAAGAACAAUUCGAAACAUCUCUUAAUGAUAAAGAACAGUUAUUGACUAAAACUAAUCUUGAACUUGAUAAUCUUCGAAAUGAUCAUACAUUAUUAUUACUUGAAAAAGAAACACUUGAUAAAAUUAUUGCAGAAUAUCAAUUAUAUAAAGAAGAAAUGACUGUAAAAUUCAAUGAACAUGAAUUAACAAUUAAAAAUCUUCGAGAUGAAAUUGAGAAACUCACAAAAAUUCAAGAACAACAAAAACAACAAAAACAAUCUUCAAAUAAAUCUACAUUAGCGAAUGGUCGAAUGCAAUUAAAAGGAACAUCAACUGAUCGACCAAGAACAGCUGGUAGUACAGUUCCAACAAAUACAAAAACUGAAUCAAUUAAAUCAAAAGCUAACACUAAAGCUUCAAUUACACGAGGAACAAAAAAAGAUGAAUUGAUUACAACUCCAUCCUCAUCAGUUAAUACAAGUUUAAAUAAAUCAAAUUCUUCGUCAUCUUCGUCAUCGAACACACUGAAACCAUCAUUAUCGAAAUCAAAAACUAAAACAAGUAUUCUGAUUGAGGAAAAAAAGAAAUCUGUAUCAUCUCUACCAUGUAUUGAUAAACGUCCAAGUCUUAUAUCAACACGCACACGAUCAAAAAUAAUUCCUACAAAAUCUUAA